AUGCGACAGAGACGUGUCCUGGUACUUUUCGUCGCCGCACUUGUCAUCGUUUCUGCCGUGACCGUGUGGAUCUCGCUGAGCGAGCGAGUGACUGCGCCGAGCGGCACCACGAAGAUUUACGCCAGCGCGUGCCAUGUGCCUCUUGGCGAGCCUCAGGUCAGCCUCCCAUCCCUCGACGCCACGGUGCACGGCAAGCUCGACAACAGCGGCAAGCUGCGCAAGUUCUUCGGCAUCCCGUACGGCCGGAACGGAGACCUUGCAAAUCCGCGCGUGAACGAGGAGUGUCUGACCCUGUCCAUCUGGGUCCCCGUCGUGUGCCGCACCAAUAGCCCACUCAAGACCGUGUUGGUGAUCGUGGCAUCCAAAUGGUUCCAGUUUGACAACGUCAGUCAGCUUGACUACGUGUGGGAGACUCUGAGCCUCGGAGGAGACAUCGCCAUCGUCACCAUCAAACACAGACUCGGCCUCCUCGGUUUCCUGGAUGCAAGUUCGAACGAAGCGUCCGGAUAUGCUGGUGUCGAAGACGUCUUCCUCGCCCUCAAGUGGAUAAGCGAGCACAUCCGAGCUUUCCACGGCGAUCCCGGUAGUCUCGUGGGUUUUGGUUUUGGAUCAGGCCCGUACAUUGCGUCGAUUGACUUGUUUGCGCAGGCGCAGAGCAGGCAAAGAUUCUUUAAACGCCUGAUUCUACACGGCAUCUCCCCAGCUUCUCUGCUUCCGCGUCUCAAACCUGACGACCUAAGAAACCUCGCGAUUUCAUUGCAGUGCCCGACCACAACUAGCCCGUCUUCCCUAGUCGAAUGCCUCAGGGAAAAUGACCUGAAACGCAUAUACGAUGAAGCUGCGAAACUGUCGCUGCUCUUCACGCCAAGCUGCGACAGGCCUCCUUUUGAUAGUUGCGACAAGAUAUUCGCAAAACUUCCAGGUUCACUGGCUGGCGUGGCUAUACUUUGCGGCUACAACAAAAAAGAUGGCCAGGAACUUUUCAGUCGGUACAUCGUGGAACAGUCCAGAAGGCCAGACAUUGGAAACCCAGAAGAAGUGUUCGAGAAACUUCAAAUAUUUUUCGCCGGGAAGAAGGGAAAGCAUAAUUUUAAGGAACUGCCAGUCGAGGUGCAGCGGGAGCUCGAUGAAGUUGGCAAGGCUAGAGAGCAAGGUUUCAGUGAGUUGGUGUCAGACAUGGUCCUGCGCUGCCCAAUGAUUGAACUGGCUCGGGAAACGACAGCAAAGGGAGCUUCCGUCCACCUUUACGGCGCCGACGGCGCUCACAAGCUUUUGGGACCAGCUUUGAUGAUGGCCGAUAUUAUCGCCUUUGUGAAACGAGGGUGA